AUGUAUAAGUCAGAACUCAAAGGCUCGUUGAUUGGAAAAAAAAAAGAAGAAGAUCAAGAAAGAUGGAAGAAGAACUCAAGAACUUCAUUAAGGAGAAGUCACUUGUUUCUUUGUGAUACAUGGAGUUUGCACGGCGGCGGAAGUGGCGGUGAAGAAGAUGACGUUUGUGCGGCCGUGGAAAAUGAGUCCGAUGGUUUCACGGCUGCUUACGGUGAAAAAAGAAAGAGAAGAAGAUCAAGAGAGAUGGAAGAAGAACUCAAGAACUUCAUCAAGGUAUGGGUUUCUGCAAUAAUCUCCAUAUCCUAUUGUUGCUACUUACCAACCAGAAUCAAACCUGGUGUUUCUCGACUACUCUCUGUUCUUCCCGUAUGUGUUCUGUUUCUUGUUAUUCCUCUGUUUCUCUCCUCUGUUCAUGGCACUGGCUGCACAGCUUUUUUCCUCGCAUUUCUCGCUAAUUUCAAACUCAUACUCUUCUCCUUCGAUGAAGGUCCUCUUUUUCCACUUCCCCCAAAUCUCCCCCGAUUCAUUUGCUUCACUUGCUUCCCCAUCAAGCCUCGACAGAACCCUAAAUCUCAAAAUCAGUUGCCCAAAUGGGAUUUCGCCAUUAAAGUUGCAAUCUUCGGUAUGUUGUUACAUGUGUAUGAUUACAAACAUCAUCUAUCUCCGAUUGUUCUAUUGCUUCUCUAUUCUCUGCACUCAUUCUUGGAGAUUGAGAUUGUCUUAAUGCUGGUCAAAGUUUUGGUCUUUAUCACUCUUGGGUGCGAUCUAGAGCCGCAGUCCGAUGAACCCUACUUGGCCACCUCUCUUCAAGACUUCUGGGGUCGCCGUUGGAACCUCAUGGUCCCGGCGAUCCUCCGACCUGCCGUCUACUUCCCCGUGCGGCGAAUCGCCCAACGGAAAAUGAGCUCCGAUAUGGCUUUGUACUUGGGAUUUUUCGCAACCUUCCUCGUCUCCGGCCUAGUUCACGAGUUGUUCUUUUUCUAUUUCAACCGUGAGAUGCCUACAGGAGAAGUCACUUGUUUCUUCGUCUUACAUGGAGUUUGCACGACGGCGGAAGUGGCGGUGAAGAAGAUGACGUUUGUGCGGCGGUGGAAGAUUAGUCCGAUGGUUUCACGACUGCUUACGGUGGGGUUUGUGCUUGUGACAAGUGGUGUGUUGUUUUUCCCUCCUCUUAUAAGAAGUGGCAUGAUCUCGAGACUCUUUGACGAAGCCUUGAGGUCUAUUGAUUUCUUCAAGCGCAAGUUUUUAACAUAUGGGUGAUAAAUUGCUGAAGUCAAUGAUUUAUGGAAUUGUGUAUGUUUCAUAUCUUGAUUAUCAUAUUUACGUUUGUGGAAUUUCAGAAUGACUGUAAUAAGAGGAUUGGUUGUGUGACAGUAACUCUUGCGUUUGAUUAUUGAUUAACAACAAAAUGUCAAUCUUCUACCUAUUAAUUGACAAGUAGUUUAAUGAAAUAUGCUGAUUUGUUUUAAUUUUAUUAGUUAAAAACAU